UUCGCAUCGGAAAUGUGUGCUUUCGUCGCCUCCAAACAGCAGGAAUACUCUUCAACGAGCCUCAGAACAUCAAUUGUCAUGAGAUUCCAAAGCCUCCCGAACAGCCGCUCACCUGGGACACUAGACGGGAUCACCGCUUCUUCGUUUUUGCACUGCACUUGGGAGCACUGACCACGCAAUCUGAGGAGCCGCUCCAAGUUCGCAUCAGAAACAGGCGAUCUGAGUACAGAGCUAAGAUCUUCAUAAUGUCGAUGUCGUUUUGCAUCACCAUCUUCGUCUUAUUCACCAUUCCCGUGGCCAUCAAGAGUCGCACCUCGCGGAAGAGACCAAACGACGACGAAUCCACGACAACCAACGGAAAUUUGUCCUUCGUCUUAGGGGGCGAAGCGAAUUCUUCGUCAAAGAAUAGCGACAGGCAUUGUGACACUGAAGACUGCCUUCGCUUCCGUUGGCUCGUGGACACGUCCCUGGACAGUGCCAAAGAUCCUUGUCAAAAUUUUCACGCUUUUGUCUGCGCCGGACUCGAACAGAAGUCCCUCGGAAUAUUCCCCAGGUCCUACGGAGGAAUGAUUGGCGCGACCUCUAGGAACCUGAGAGAUUCGUUUCACAAGAAGCUUUCUACCGCACAAGUCCCGCCAGAGAAGCAAGAUGCAUUUCAAAAGGCAGCUGCUGUCUUCCAAAAUUGUCUGAAAGUCAAGAAGGAGCAGCGCAAGAACAGAAAGGAGAUAGUAGAUUUUUUGAAACUACACGGCCUGUCAUUUCCGGAUGAAUUAAGGUUCGACCCACUCGAUAUUUUGAUACGAUUUGUAGUGAAAAUCGACAUUCCUCUACUCUUCAGCAUGCAGCCCGCACUAAUUGGACGCCCCCCACGGGUCCUGAUUCAACUGACAGUUGCACCAUACUUUACGUCGGAAAAGUUUAGUGGACUACAGAGAAUAGUCGACGGCCGUUAUCAUAAAUUCAUCUCCGAAGUAUUAUCGACAAUAUUUUCAACGGCAGAAGAUAAAACUCGCAUCGGCGCCAUCGUGAAAGCAGAAUUGGAAGUGAUCAGCGCGUCCAAUGUAAGAGACUUUGGGAACGACACAGUCAUCGUAGCACCCCUCGCGUAUUUCGGGUUUUUGCAGAACAGUGAACUCUCGGGAUCUAGAUGGAAAGACACACUGGCACGCCACACGAAUAAUCGUCUUCCUGGACACUUCAUGUUGCGGGUGAACACGCAUCAUAUGAAACUUCUUCAUUUUUUGUUCGAUAGCAGCAGUGACUUAUCAGAUAAUACUCUCAAGAUAUUUCUUGCCUGGAGGACAACGCUCUAUCUCUACAGGACUUGGAUUUCUGUCUUGGAGACAUCUUCCAAGGAACGAUGCUUCGGCACCGUCUCUUCAGUUUUUCCUCUGGCUGCAGUCUCCGAAGUGCUUUCUCAAACUGUCAAUAAAACCCGGGUCAGUGACGUGAAAAACAUGACCGAAAUCAUCGUCCAAGAAAUCGCGAAGCUCUUCACGACAUCGACUUGGCUGGACGAUGAAUCUCGUAACGCGUCGUUGAAGAAGCUGUCAUUAAUGAAGAGAUGUAUCGGAUACGACCUAGGCCCCAACAGCCGAUCGAUCGAGGAACUGUACCCGGAUUUUACAGGUCCCUACAUCGCCGACUUCAUUGCUAUAAGGAAAGCAGUCGCGGAGCUCCGAUGGCAGAACCUCUACGGCGGACUAAUAAAAAACAACCAAUGUAUUUCUCCGCCGGUUCAUGCGGGCAAAGCCUUUUACAAUACAGAGGAGAACACAGUUUUUGUCCCAGCUGGCGCCAUGGUUGGACCCCUGUUUACGUUUGGAGCGCCACCUGAAGUGAAUGUGGCAACACUAGGAAGUCUAUUGGCCCAUGAGAUCAUGCGAGGUUUUGACGACGUCGGAAGGCAGCAUGAUGGCUUCGGGAAGCAGACUCGCUUGUGGACGAAAGAAAGUGAGGCCGCCUAUAGGAAAAGUGUUACUUGCUUCAAUGAAACCACGGUGCAGCGCGGGAAGCAUAGGGAAUAUAGUAAGGAAAUCCUUCUGGACUUAUUGGGACAGAGAUUUGUCCUGAAUGCGUACAGGAGCGCAUCUGAACGUUUCAAUCUCCCACUACGACCCGUUAAAGGACUGACGAAAGACCGGCUCUUCUACGUGUCUCGGUGCAUGAUUUGGUGUGGAUCCCCGGGAUCCCACCUGCAAGAAAGGUGUAAUGUACCUCUAAUGUAUUCUCCCCAUUUCAGUGAGACAUUUCACUGCUCUUCUGGUGCUCCAAUGAAUCCACAAAAGAAGUGUAUAUUCUGGCAUAAUGAGAGAUAAGACAGGAAUAAAUACAUUGAGAAGAUA